CCCUGGCAGUCAGAGAUGAUCCACUGCCAUUCCAGCCAGUUUGCAGAUGUAAACAGAAUUUGGACAGCUUAAAGAUGCUCUACUUGUCUAACACGUCCCGUUAAACACUGGAAAUGUGAUGGCAAGACGACAAAGCUGUGGCCCAACCAUAAUGCAACACAGCUGCAUCCAGUGGGCAUCUGAGAUAAUGCUCUCUGGUGUUUGUCCUGCCCCACACCCGAGGGAGCUCCCAUGGCCAGACCCGCAUCAUACGCAAGGCCUACGAGCAGGACUUCUACACCCACAUGAUGGAGGAGUGCUACGAGCUGUGGGCUCAGUUGGAGAAGGAGGCAGGUGUCAAACUGUACAGACAAACAGGACUCUUGGUGAUGGGACCAGAAAACAGUCAGAGUUACCAGCUGUUUAAGAGCACCCUGCAGAGGAACAAGGUUCCUAUGGUGAUCCUGACCCGUGAAAACUUCAGCCAGCACAUCCCCCAUGUCAACCGGGCUGAGGGAGAUGGAGCGGUGGUGGACAUAACUGCUGGAAUUCUGUAUGCUGACCGUGCACUCAAGGCUGUACAGGGACAGUUUCAGAAGUUGGGUGGGAUCAUAAGAGACAAAGAGAAGGUAAUAGACAUCAAGCCUGGCCCUGUUGUGACAUUGUCAACCUCUGCCGGUGUUUAUCGAGCCAAGAGUGUGGUGAUCACUGCUGGACCCUGGACCAAUAGACUGCUGACCCACACUGCCUUACAGUUGCCCCUAGAGGUGGUGAAGAUCAAUGUGUGCUACUGGCAAGAGAAGGCUCCCGGAACAUAUGACGUGAAGCAGCGCUUUCCGUGCUUCUUACUGACUGAGGGUGAGGAGUCCAAAGAACACAUCUAUGGUCUCCCAUCCAACGAGUACCCGGGCCUCGUGAAGAUAUGCUACCAUAUGGGCAGCAAGACAGACCCAGACCAGAGAGACAAGCAGACAGACAGGUCUGAUAUUGACAUUCUCCAACGCUACAUUGCCCGCUGUUUACCUGGCCUGCUCCCUGAACCUGCAGUGGUGGAGAACUGCUUGUAUACACUAACGCCUGACCGUCAUUUUGUGCUGGACUGCCACCCCACCUACAGUAACAUUGUGAUUGGAGCAGGAUUCUCAGGUCACGGCUUCAAGUUUGGACCAAUCAUUGGCAAGCUUCUGUGUGAACUCAGCCUGGGGCAAGUGCCCUCAUAUGACCUUUCACCUUUCCGAAUCAGACGCUUCCAGGCAAAGACCAAAUCAGCUUUAUAGAGCUGGUACUGGAGCAUCAACAUAUGAUCAAGAAGUCUCAUCUACUUGUAACUAAUGUAGGAUUGUAGAUUUUCAUUGUACAUUUAGCACUAAGCUGUUAAACACAAUCACACGAGGAAUAUACUGUAUGGUUUGUCUGCUGAUUAAUUGAUGUAGUCAGUUUUUGUUGCCACUACCACAUGGUGUAAUCAGCUGUGUAGCAGUUUACCAUUCAGUGUGUUCACAUGCAGUUAUGUUACUGGUUUACAGUCUGCUUUCUGCGGUCAUCUGAUUUCUCAAGGGAAUAGUUCGACAUUUUGGGAAAGCCAAGAGUGAGAUGAGGACACUGAAAACACUAUAAUGUCUGUACACUAAAUAUGAAGCUGCAGCGGGAAAGAUUAGCUUAGCUUAGCAUGAAGACUAGAAGUGAAGAAAGAAAACUUUCUUUCUGCACUUCUAGCCUGAACCUUUCAAAGUUUAAAAAAACUGCCCACCAACACUUUUAAAUUUUCUUUAUUAACAUAUCUUGUUUGUAUAAUUUAUAGAAAAACAGAAUUGCAAAAAUGACAAGUAGCCUUUUCUGUUUUUAGGUUUUAUUUUAACUUCGGACAGAGCCAGUCUUUACACUAAGCUAAGCUAAGCACCAGGUCGGUCUAGCUUCAUAUUUAUCAUACAGACAGUAUGGAGAAUGGUAUAAAUCUUCUUAUCUAACUCCCGGCAAGAAAGUAAACAAAAACAUCCCAAAAUGUUUAAGUAUUCCUUCAAACAUCAUGUACAGGAGAAGAUGGUUUCUGUAGUUGCUAUAGAGGGGACCUUAUUUCACCAGCUAUACCAGACAUAGAAAUUAUCGCUUUUACAGAAGUGCAGUAAGAUGAAAGGAGAGAUCAUUUCAUGCAGCAGUACAAACAUGUAUUCAAAAUAUUUUAAUUAUAAGUCCAAAUAAAACCGAAACUGAUACAAAGUAGCUUUUAGAAAUCUAUAAGUCAGUUUCCAAAACUGAACUCUUGAUUUGCGUGAUAAAAAGCUGUGCCAUUUCUAUAGUGCCCUCCCCCGAGUGCAUGACAAUACUCGGUCUUUUUUCCUGCGUAAUCUGAUUCUGCAGAGUAACCUUUCUUGUGUUCACAUACACAUACAGAACUACUGAAGUGGACACCUAUUCUUAAUAGCUACAUAUUGAGCUACAGAGCUUUCAUGUUAAGUAUUCACUAUUCUUCACAAUUGUUUUAAUACUGUGCAGUUCAACCUAGUAUGCUUGAUCUGCAGUGCUAUAUGAAAUGUAACUCUCAUAAUACGGAUUUGCAUUUGAAUGAAUGAAAGAGGAAACAAUCUGUAGAAUAAGAUGUCUAAUUUUUUCUCCACAGCAACAAGAACUUAAUGUAAUUUACUAGCAAUAAACUAAUACUCCCUUUAAGAUCCCCUCCAAUGAAAAUCAAGUUUUUAACCUUGUUAACAUGUCCAUAUGGUGUUUUUUAUAUGAUACAAGGCAUAUCAUGAGUGAAAUAAGCAGUCAACGCCAUGGCUGAGUAUAUCCAACAUGGAACUGCAGUGUACCAAUGACAGUCUCAAAAGUAUCUAUCAGCCACUGCCAGUUACAAGCUAACAAGCUAACAAACAACCUAAACAAAUAAAAGAUGCUAAAUACACUUACCAUCCUGGUACGUCUGCUAGUCACUGAUUUUGGUGCGCAACAGACCCCUCAUCUGAGUCCGGGUCUGUCUGUGGCUCAAACAUGUCUGGCUCCAUCUGUCCAACGAUAGCCACCUUUGAUGUGCACUGCGCUCUCACCAGUCCACGUAGCGCAAGCGACGAUGGUGGGCCCUUUUCAGAUUUUUGUUACUUUUUAUGUGAAAAACCAUGUUAAACAAAAUCUUAAUCAUUGAGUAUUUUUUACAUACGUUAAAACGUGUCUGCAGGGGAACUUUAAUUUUGAUCAAUGAGCCAUUUUUAACAAGAUUGUAACGUUGUGCAAUUGUAAAAUUUCUCAUC